AACGAAACUUACUUGCUGUCCCAGUUUAUUUUCUCUUACCAAUCCGGAGUUGCAUUUUCCUUUAACCUCUGUAAUGUAACAUUGUGCAACAGCCACGCAAUACCUACUACGGGACUUAUAAGCCACUUGUGAAGUUUGUGGAGAAAACGCGGCCAACCCAAACGAAAGAACCAGCGCAUUUUAAAAGACGUUUAACUUACUUCCGGCUAACGUUAUACUCUGUAUUCCGCCACCGUUUCUGUGUUUAUUUUGUAAGUUUGACAUUAUUCAAGGUUUAAAUUAUUUUAAUUUUCGCGAAUUUCGGUUCAGCUGAGCAUUGGAAAGGGGCAACGGCUCCGACCCUUUAAUUCAUCACUAUUGAGGCAGAAUCAAUCUGAAGGUGCUCUCAGCGUGCAACUAUUCUGCCCUGAUUUUCCAUCGGGAUAUUCUGUUGGUCUUCAAGGACGUGCAAUAUUACCGAAGCUGCACAGCAAGCUGCAUCAGCCCCCUUUGUGCCCAACCCCUGCGCUAUGAGCAGAGGUAGAGGAGGGCCUUACAAAGAACAGUAUUACAGGCAUCCAUCACCCCACUUGCAGGCCCCACUAUUUCCUAGAAGUGACCUACAGCAGAUCCCACAAAUAAAUUACUACAGUAGUCCUGCCCAUCCUGUAGUACCCAUACAACCUCAAUCUCCCCUCCGUGCCUCCUGUCCCCCCCUACAAAACAAUACUACAGUUCUCCCUAAUUCUGUGGAUUUUAAUUACUCAUGUAACCAAACUCACUGUGUCAGCCCAGUCCCCAAUUCGUUCCGUUACAAACAGGCAGAGUUCCUGAGAGGACAGAGCUCUCAGGCACCACAGUUCAGAACCAGCACUCAAGGAGGAGGAGCAACACCCAGCAGGCUACCUAGUUCCUUUUACCAGCCCCAGUUAGGGUAUAGUAGACAUAAAAAUUUUAAUAGUUCUCCUAGGGGUAGAGGGGGCUAUAGCCAAGAUCAGGGUUUUGCAUACCCACCUGGUCCAGGAGCAUUUCGAGGUAGUCAAGGCUCUUGGCGCCUGAAUCAAAACCAGUUCCAUCGCAAAAGCAGCAACCAGUAUUCUGACAGAUCGUGGCGUGACCAAACAGAUACUCUGUGUGACGAUUUUCACAGUUUGUCUUUUCCUCAAGACAGACCUAACCGAGGAAGAGAACGGUUUAACAAACAUUCUUCAUCAGGCAACUCAGGACAUUUGACUAAAGAGAACAUCACUCUCACACCUGAUGUGGAAGAUCUGGUGUUUAGGGCUUUGAGGCCAGAUGACACUGUGUCUGCUAGGAUAUUAGCCAAAAAACUGUAUUUGCCCAAGAAAAUAGUCAACAAGGUUCUCUACUCUCUGGAACGGUCACGGAAAGCCUCUAAGCAAGGACUCUACCCACCUGAGUGGACUCUGUACAGAGAACAUCUUAGAGCAGAAGAAGAACCAAAUUCUAACUUCCAAAGCCCUUCUUCCCAUUUGGUUUGUACUACCAAACACCAACAGAUACCUGACACCAGCGUUAACUCAAAAACCGAAAACAGGGGAGAGAGUAAAGAAGACGGGUCUGACACAGAAUCUAUUUCUUCUUCCUGCUCCUCUUCAGAGUUCUCUGACUCUGAAGAAUCCCAGUCUUCAGAAAAAAGUCAGCAAUACAAGAAACAACAUCCAGGUGUGGCCAGAUCCUCUGAGCAGGAACUGAAUUCUGCUAUGAUGGCAGACCAGAAAGAGCAAAUUUUGCAAUAUCUCCUGGAUUCAGGGGAGGCGACUGCUCUUGUCAUAGCAAAGAAUGUGGGCCUUAAGAAUGCCAAGCAGGUCAAUCCCACUCUUACCAAUCUGGAAAAGCAAGGUGAAGUUACUAGGAAUAGUUCCAUCAGCCCUCCCAAAUGGAACCUGUCCACCCAUCGCAGAGACAGGAUGGAGAGGAGUCUAAGAGCUGCACAGAGCGCUCAAACUGUGCAGGAGCAGAUGGAGAUAGAAGCCAUUAAAAACAAAGAUGAAGGCUCCAUUUUCUUGCCAGUUCCGCUGCCACCUGUACCAGGUCUCGAGUUAAUUCCACUGCUUGAAGAUCAGAUACCAGAGCAAAGUCAAAGUACAAUGCAACCCUCCCUGACUUUAUUCAAAGACAGAGAGGCCAAUGAGGAACAGUGGGCCACUGAUGACAUCCCAGAAUUCCUCAAUGCCAUUCGCAGACAGACUGAUGCUGAUAGACUGGCAGCAGAGAAGGCCAAUGUUAUGGGAACUGUUGCAGUGUCCCUGGCUGCCCCGCCUCCCCAGAAUCUGUGGGCCAAAUUACAGGAGGUGAAACUGAAGAACCCCGUCAGUGGUCUCAUGGAGUAUGCCCAGUAUCUGGGCCAAAACUGUGAGUUCCAGCUUCUCGACCAGUCUGGACCAUCUCAUGACCCAAGAUUCCGUAUGCAGGUCAUACUCAAUGGAAGACCGUUUCCUGUUGCAGAAGCUUCUAGUAAGAAGGUUGCAAAGAAGGAUGCUGCUGCGGCCACCCUCCGUAUUCUCCUCAAAGAGAUGCAAAGAGGGACGGGCACAGUGGAAGAUGGAAAUGCUGCCAGCGUGGACCAAGUGUUGGAGUCACUUCCAGAAACCAGUGGGUCAGUUGAAAACGUAGGGGGAACAGGCGUCGUGGAAGGGAUGGUAGAAGGACCUCGUCAGCCACUGUCCCGCUCCCUGCCUGGUGGGAAAAAUCCAGUGUCUGUCCUGAUGGAGUACUGCCAGCGCAGUGGGAAUCCCAUAGAAUUCAUCAACACAGGGCAGGCAGGCCCACCACAUGACCCAAGGUUCAUGUACAGAGUGAAGGUUGGAGACAUCUUGUUUGCAGAGGCCUCGGCUCCAAGCAAGAAAGCAGCCCGACAGCUGGCAGCAGAGGAAGCUGUCAAAGAAUUAAUGGCUGAUGGAAAACUGCAUCUCAACAAGCCUCAGUUGCCCCUGGGUCCUUCCAGUGAUGGUGAAGAGGGUGCUUCUGGGACAAUAUGUCCCUCUUUGCGUCCUCUAACUGCAGAUGAGUUGCGAGCAGCCCAUGAGGCAGGUGUGGGGGAUCUCAUAAAUUACCUGAACAGUAACGCGGUGUCAGGUCUUUUGGAGUAUGCCAGAGCCCGGGGCUUUGCUGCUGAGAUCCGCCUGGUGGGGCAGUCUGGACCAGCACAUGAGCCUAAAUUCACGUACCAGGCCAAACUGGGCGGACGUUGGUUUCCUCCAGUUUGUGCCUCUAACAAGAAACAGGGGAAGCAGGAAGCAGCAGAUGCUGCUUUGCGGGUUUUGAUUGGAGAAGCUGAGAGGGCAGCACGCACAGGGGAGCUUAUCCCAACUGAGCUACCUGUGAGCGGCAGUACUUUGCAUGACCAGAUAGCAAUGUUGAGCCACCAACGUUUCAACGCCCUGACCACACGUAUCCAGCACAGCCUUCUGGGACGCAAGAUUCUGGCCACCAUUGUCAUGAGAAGGGGGGAGGGCCUGGGAGCAGUUGUCAGCCUUGGAACUGGAAAUCGUUGUGUCAAAGGAGAAGAGUUGAGCCUUAAAGGGGAGACGGUUAAUGACUGCCAUGCUGAAAUCAUCUCCAGAAGGGGAUUUGUUCGGUUUCUGUACAGUGAGCUGCUUAAGCACUACGAUGGCACAGACGACAGUAUAUUUGAGCCAGCAACGGAGAACAAACUGCAGAUCAAGUCUGACAUCACCUUUCACCUCUACAUCAGCACGGCUCCUUGUGGGGAUGGCGCCUUGUUCGAUAAGUCUUGCAGUGAAACAGGAGAUGAAGUCCAGGGCCACCAGCCUCUGUUUGAGAAUGCUAAGCAGGGCAAGCUUCGCACCAAAGUGGAGAAUGGAGAAGGGACCAUCCCAGUGGAGUCGAGUGCCAUUGUACCCACCUGGGACGGCAUCCAGCAUGGUGAAAGGCUGCGGACCAUGAGCUGCAGUGAUAAGAUUCUGCGCUGGAAUGUGCUGGGCCUGCAGGGGGCACUCCUCACCCAUUUUCUGCAUCCCAUCUACCUGAAGUCCAUCACACUUGGCUAUCUGUACAGCCACGGUCACCUGACACGUGCUGUCUGCUGUCGGUUGGCAAGAGAUGGCGAAACCUUCACACAGAGUCUCCCUCCUCCCUUCAAACUGAACCACCCUGAGGUGGGCAGGGUGAGUGUCUACGACUCCACACGACAUACAGGCAAGACCAAGGAGUCCAGUGUGAACUGGAGCCUUCCAGACCAGCACAAUGUAGAGGUGCUGGACGGGACCAAAGGAAAACUUGAUGGGAACAAACAGGCCAUGUCCCGUGUUACCAAGUCCAACCUGUUCUGUCUGUUCCGCUCUCUGUGCCAGAAGUGUGGUCGCACUGACCUCCUCUCCCUGCCCUCCUACGCUCAGGCCAAGAUUUCAGCCACAGCCUUCCAACUUGCCAAACAACAGUUCUUUCAAGCUCUGAGCGUCCACGGCUACGGAGCCUGGAUUGGCAAACCACUGGAAGAGAAGAGCUUUGAGGCAGUGGAUGGAACUGCAAACAACGGAGCAAGCAUCCCACUGGGAUGUGGAAACAGUAGAAAUGGAGGGGCAAUAGAGUACAAGCAAGCAGAGGCAUAGAUGAGUGCAGAGGGCUUCAUUGAGUACAUAAAAUAAAUAUGAGGUGAAAAAAAGCACAAGCAGGGGCAGAUCAAAGGGAAUUUGUGGCAUAAAGGAAAAGGACAAUCAAACGAUGCAAAGCCAGCGGCCAGAACUGUCUUCUGAUGGAGCAUAGUUGAAGGCUGCAGAGAGAGUGAUGGAAAGCGACAGUGAGUCAAAGGCAAACCCUGAAGUAUGAGUUGACAUACUUCAGUUGACAGGAAAGAGCUAGGGAGAGAUCCACAGGGUGUACAGAAUAUUGUAAACACUACAUUCAAAAGGAAUAAGUCUGAAGUCAGUAAAUCCCUGGCAAACACUGUUACAUGGCUUGCAAGAGUUUGUGAAAAGUUUGUUUGCAUUUUAAUGUUUAGAAUACAGUUAAUCACAGGUUCUUAUUUUAGCGUUUGUGUCUUUUAAAUGAAUGACAUACACUAAUCUGCCAUAACAUUAUGACCACCUGAUUAGGUCCUACAUACACCACCUAAAGCGCUCUGACUAGUCUGUGUGUGAACUAAGAACAUCUGAGGGUCUCUGGUACCAGGAUUUGUUAGUAACCAAUCCUCUUGAAACUGUGUUGGGUUUGGGUCUUGGUGGAUUCAACUUUCUUCUCACAGAUGCUACAAAAUCUCUUUAAAUUGGUGUCUGAGGAGGCUGGAGGUCGGGUGAGUAGAAAGUGUCAGAGUAGCAUCCAUGUAAAUGUCAGGCUGCAGGGUUUCCUAGCAGAACAUUGCACUGUAACAAGGCGAACAGCGUCAUUCUAUCAAAAAGUGGUUUUAAUGUUAUGGCUAGUUGGUGUAAGUUGCCAUCAUUUUUCCAUUACUGUAGUUUAUACAAAAUAUUUUUUGCAGAUAUUACAAAUGCAACCUAAACCAAACCUAUUUGUACUCAUUAGACUAUUGUUUAUUGCCUCAAUUUGUUGUGAGAGCUAAAUCAGAUGACAGGAGCAGCUAAUUGACAUUCAGCCUGUUUUGUUUUUCUUUUUUUCCAAGAUGUUUAGAAUUGUGAUUAAGUUCACAGUCUACUGCUGGUCAGUGCAGUCAAAUUCCACCUCAAAGCAUCAUAUUAUACAGAAGAUCAUCAACUUUCAGAAAUCUGGUUUAUAUUCACUGUCCAGUCUCUAAGGCUGUUGCUCCUGUACAUACUGAUGUCUGUUCAGCUGUAAAGUUUCAAGUGACUGUACAUUUAACAACUGUCCCCCUUCAUGUGUUGUCAUGGUUUUCCAUUAAUGGACUGCUGCAUCCCUUUGAUCAGCCCCAUUAGUCUGUGCUUAUCAACUUUUUUUUUCCCCAAAUAGAAUUACUGAUGUAAUGACCUCCAGUAAGUACAGUAUGUCUGUUAUGGUUUGUGUGGUUUCUGAGUGAAUUUUUUUCUUUUUUAUAUUACUCAUGUCAUUAUGGUUCUUAGAAGCUGGUUAUGCCAGAAAGAUAUUGAAAGUCUUGAAUGGACCUUCCUGCAUGUCUUUCCAAUGUUUGUUUUGUUGUUUUUUUUUUUUUGUUUGUUUGUUUUUUACCUCCCAAUGUAAAACUGUUGUCAGGUCUAGAUGCAUGGUGAGCUCCUGAGAAUGAUUUGGGACAGUUUUGUUUUCUUUACAAAACGUCUUUUCAAAUUGAACUGAUGAUGCAACAUAUACAUCAGCUGCACACAAAUACAUGAACAUACAGAUAUACAGUGGGAUCCAGAAGCCUGAAUCUGCUUUGAGAAAUUUAAUUUCUCAAAAUGCUGCAGGCAGAUUUUUGUACUUAAGAUUUGAAUAUUUGCACCAGUCACCAUCUAAUGUUUGUGUAGAAAGUUUUUUUUUCCUUGUUAAGGAAAAGCUAUGCAAGUUGGCAAUCCACUUUAAACAGUUUGUAGCUGUAAUGCUUGUACAGAGGUUUUGUUUAAUUAAAAGUGAUUUUAAGCUUGAAGUUGCAUCUGUCUUUGGACUUUUUUGCAACCAUCAAGCUAAUUCUUACAUCUUCAUAUUGUAGCUAAUGCAGGACCUUGGUAUGUUAGUUCACUUAAUGCAGAAAUAUUGGAACCUUGAUAAAUGCAUUGAUAGACCACUGUCUUGCAUUAACUGCAAUAUAAAUUAUGCAUGUUAAUGCAUAGUAAUUUAGCAUUACGUAUAGUUUUAUUGCAACUUACUGCAUUUUGAAAAAGUAAACUUAGAAGAAAUUUUAAGUUUAAAUGUACAGAUAUGUUUUUUUUAUUGGACUCAGACCUCUCGACCCCACUGUAUGCAGAAAUGGAUGUUUAACUCUAUAGUCUGUGUGUAUGUAUUUGUGUGGGUUUUAAUGUAUAUAUUUUGUAAAUCAUCUAAAAUGAAUCUUGAAUUUCUAUUUUACAUGAUGUUUUACUGGGCUCCAGUGGAGUUUUUUUUUUGUUUUGUUUUUUACCAGAACUGUGGGAAAAAAGUUAAAUAAAGUUAGCAGUCU